GUACAAGUGGGAUGGGAUGGGAUGGAUUGCCAUCUUGAAUAGCCGACUUUCACACCUGCUGGACGGCGUAAGACUUAUUUCCUUACCUACAGAAUUUCCUUGCACUUUAUUGUACAUGAGAGAUUAUCCUUCUUGUUCAACUAUCUCAAUUGAAGCAUCCGGAAACCCCUUAUUGAACACUUUCGAAACAAGAAUUUUGCGAAUUGAAUAGGAAACCUUCAAGAUGGCUACAGCGACAAAAACUGAGAAAGUCGUAGCUUCAGUACUCCACGGAGUAAAAGAUUUGAAGAUAGAACAUCGCGAUCUCCCAACACCAGCCUCAUCCGAAGUCCAAGUCGCCGUCCAAUCCACCGGUCUCUGCGGUUCCGAUCUCCACUACUUCAACCACUACCGCAAUGGCGACAUUAUCGUGCGAGAGCCUUUGACACUCGGCCACGAAUCGUCCGGCGUCGUAACAGCAGUCGGCAGCUCCGUCACAUCUCUCCAAGUCGGCGACAGAGUCGCCCUCGAAGUCGGACUGCCAUGUCUCGAGUGCGAGCUGUGUACGUCUGGACGCUACAACAUCUGCAAGGAAUUGCGGUUCAGGAGUUCUGCGAAGUCAUUUCCCCAUUUCCAGGGGACUUUGCAGGCGAAGAUUAACCACCCUGCGGUGUAUUGCCAUAAACUGCCACAAAACGUCUCCCUCUCCACCGGCGCAAUCCUCGAACCGCUCGGUGUAGCCAUCCACGGCAUGCGCCGCGCCUCCCUCCCCAAAGGAAGUACGGUCCUCAUCUUCGGCGCUGGAGCAGUCGGCCUCCUCUGCGCAGCAAUGUGCAAAGUUUACGGCGCCUCCACCGUAAUCAUCGCCGAUAUCCAAGCCGAGCGCGUCGAGUUUGCCGUGCAGAACAAGUUUGCUGACCAGAAGGUUGUGGUGCCGAUGAAGAGGCCGCAAGCGAUCGAGGAGAAAUUGGCGUUCGCGAAGGAGGUGGCGGAGUUAGUUAAAGCGACAGUUGGUGGGAAGGAAGUGGAUGCUGUAUUUGAGUGCACAGGCGUGGAGAGCUGUUUGCAAGCUUCUAUUUAUUCUACCCGCCCCGGUGGCAGGAUCAUGCUCAUCGGAAUGGGCUCACCCAUCCAAACGCUCCCCAUAUCCGCCACUGCUCUCCGCGAGAUCGACCUCGUAGGCGUCUUCCGCUACGCCAACACCUACGACGAAGCUAUCAAGCUCGUCUCGAGCAACAACUCUCUUCUUCCCGAUCUCUCAAAACUUAUCACGCAGACUUUCAAAGGUUUCGACGACAUCCCCAAUGCAUUUGCUAUGGCCGGUCGCGUGAAGGAUGAUGAGGGAAAUUUGGUGCUGAAGGUUGUGGUAGACACGACGAAGCUUUGA